AUGAGGCUGCUGACGUCGAUUCUCACUAUUUUCAUUUUUUUCGACUACUCAUUUUGCCUAAAAUGUCGAUCGGUGAUUAAAGGAGUGUUCAAUGGCACUGAAUGGAACUAUGAUAAUUCGCUGAAUUGUCCGAAAAACAUUAAUUAUUGUAUUUCGCUAAAUGGCACAUUCGCUUAUUCCAACUUCUCAGUGACUGGAACGUUCCAGAAUUGCUUUGGUAGUGGCCUACUGGGCAAGUAUAUCACGGAAAUAUUGCCGGAAGAAUAUCGUUGUCAGAAAAAUGACGAUUGCCUUGAAAUUCCCAACACGAAUUUGACGCGAUGCUGCUGCUCGACGAACAUGUGCACAAUGCUCGACGAGCUCAAACCGAAGACGAAGAAGCUCGCCGUAAUGCCCGACGAUAUUCCGAAAAUUCCGAGGCAUCGCGGAAAAAAGAAUCGGCCAUUGAACACCCCUUGGAGGCAGCAAAACCUUCCCGCCCUUCGACCGACCUACAAUAUCUCCUCGGCGAUUCCAGUGACCGCAUUUUUCGGCUCGGUGGUUCUCGCGCUCGGUCUCGCCCUAUUCUUCGGCCACAUGCGAUCAUUGGAGCAAGAGGUGAAGUACACCGACUGCGUCAACGUCAACGGCUCGGAGCCGUUCACCACCGCCGCCAACAAAUCAUUCGCGUGCAGCUACACGAUUAUUCUCGACGAGAAUUAUGAGGGCGACGUCAAGUUCUACUACGGGCUUUCGAGGUUCUAUCAGAACAAUCGAUUGUAUUUCCAAUCGAGGAACGACGAGCAGCUUAAAGGGGAUCUCAACAACACCGACGGAUGCGAUCCGAUGGAAUAUGUGAAAGUCAAUGGCACCAAGGUGCCGAUUGUGCCAUGCGGACAGGUCGCCGACUCGUUUUUCAAUGACACGUUCCAAUUGUUCUAUGUGACGAAUCCCGAUCUCAACGAGAUGGUCCGUGUGCCAUGGACGAUACGUGGGGUGCUCGGCGAGACGGAAAUGAAGCGAAAAUUCCGGAAUCCGCCGCGAACCGGAAACGAGACGCUGUGCGAUGUGUUCGAGGGCACAAUUCGACCGCCAUCAUGGAAAAUCGACAUUUGCAAACUUGGCGCCAACAACGACACCAAUGGCGAACAAGUGGGCGUCGCGUUUGAGAACAUCGACUUCAUGGUGUGGAUGAAGGCGGCGGCGUUGUCGAACUUCAGGAAGCUCUAUCGGAAGCUCGAUCGACAGGUCGAUAUGUUCAGCGCCGGAUUGCCGGCGGGAAAUUACACACUAAUCAUCAACUACAACUAUCCGGUAUCGAUGUAUGGCGGCGACAAAUAUUUUGUGAUCGCCCGCGAGACGUGGGUCGGACCGCGCAACUUUUUUCUGCCCAUCGUUUAUCUCGUCGUCGGCACAUUUCUGCUUCUCGUCACCGCGUUUUUCGUGCUCAUUUGGCUCAAACAGAAGAUCUCGUCGCGAAUUCAUCCGCAAUAA